CGCGCAUGCGUCCGGAGCUGUCAUCCCUAUUUUUCAUCUCUUGGUUUUGCUCUCCUUUCCCGGUUCGGCUCGGCUUGGGUUUCGGCCCUGGUUCUGCCCUGUCUCUGGUUUGGUUCGCCCUGCUUCUAGUGUCGCCCAUCCCUCCCCGCUGUACGGCGCUGACUCGUUCACACAGACCGCUGUUCAGAGACAAGGAAAGAUGUCCACCACCGGAGGCGGAGAGUUCGGUAACCCGCUGCGGAAAUUCAAGCUCGUUUUCCUGGGCGAGCAGAGCGUGGGGAAGACCUCCCUCAUCACCAGAUUCAUGUACGACAGCUUUGACAAUACCUACCAGGCAACCAUCGGAAUAGAUUUCCUGUCAAAAACAAUGUAUUUAGAGGAUCGUACGAUCCGGCUGCAGCUCUGGGACACGGCCGGACAGGAGCGAUUCCGCAGUCUCAUUCCCAGCUAUAUCCGCGACUCUGCCGCGGCCGUCGUGGUGUACGACAUCACAAACCUAAACUCCUUUCAACAAACCUCCAAGUGGAUCGAUGAUGUCAGAACAGAGAGAGGAAGUGAUGUCAUUAUUAUGCUGGUCGGGAACAAAACAGACCUGGCUGAUAAAAGACAGGUCUCUAUAGAGGCAGCUGAGCGGAAGUCCUGCGAGCUCAAUGUGAUGUACAUAGAGACCAGCGCCAAGGCAGGCUAUAACGUCAAGCAGUUGUUCCGUCGUGUGGCCGCUGCCCUGCCUGGGAUGGACAGCACACCUGAGAAAAGCAAAGAGGACAUGAUCGAUAUCAAACUGGAGAAGCCACCUGAACAGCCAGUCUCUGAGACCAGCUGCUCCUGCUAAUCCCACCCCCCUUUUUCAACAGCUCUUCUCCCAUUGGCCAUUUACACCAUGUCAGACGCCAUUGGCUAGAGAACCUGCUUCCAGACGGCUCAGUGACUAUCCGGAGUAACCGUGUGGAUGUGCUUUUACAUUUAAACUUGCAUCUAAAUUUUAAAAACUAAACCACCAGAUAAGUUAAAUGCUGAAAAGUUCAAAUCUCAUCUGUUACAACUGCAUGGCGUAUUUAGGAUUGCAGACUGAGAUAGCUUCUCCCACCUCUCUUCAGUUCUUGCACUUUUUUUUUUUUUUUUUUUUUAGUUUUUUGGAGCAAAAAUGGUGCCGUUACACCCUUAUCAUUGUUGAAUUAUAAUAAUAAAAAAAAAAUUCUAAAAAAAAAAAAAGCGUGUAUGUUUGAGAGGCCACUGCUGCUGUAGAAGUAAAUCUUUUUUUUGUGUGUGUGUGUGGUUGUUUGUGCAAAGCAGCUUCUUUGUCAAAGGGCAGUGCCCCUGGCUGUAGCAUUAGAAUGCACUGGGCUCUUCUCUGUUUGCUGUCAUUCUUAGUUUUCCAGUAUUGGGAUUGAACUCAUUUUCUCUUUUAAAUGUCUCUAGCUGGCUGUGAGCUGCUGCUGUACAACCGUGCUUGCAUGGACAGUUUAAAUGCAUGAUGUUUUUUAAAGUCGAGAUUCACCGGCAGUGGCAAACAGUUUUUCCCAGUCAAAGCUGAAAAGGUGCCGGAGGCGUUUAAAAAGACAAUAAAAUUCUGCACUCAUGAGGAGCACUUCUAACGUAAAGGGGAACGAAAUGUAAACUCAAUUAAAAAAUAGGGUAAAUAAUGUUAAAAAGUAUUGAAAUGCUAAUACCGGUUUACCAUUAGUUAUUAAGAUGCCAACAAUUGUGUUCCAGAUUCAGAUUGUAUUUACAUUCUAUUACCCUCAGCUAGCUGCCAGUUUAAACCUAAUUGGGCAUGUCUGAGAAAAGCCAUCAUCACAGAUGGGGUUUGCAAUCUAUAUUCUUAUUGAUAUUACUGUAUGAGUUAUUAAAUGUGUUAGUUACCUAUUAAUCCACUUUUAACAAUGCAAUCUUAACUCAUAGGUGGAUGUAAUUAUACGUUUGAAUGCCUUGUACCAUCAUGAAGAGUUCAUCUAAUAGGCUUUUAGUAAAAAAACAAUGAACAUUACAAAGAAUAAAAUGGACAUGUUGCUGUAUUAGAAUGAUAUUAAACAAGCAGGACUGGGUGUAUUCAUUUAGAUUGUUUUGUCUUGUGAUGGGCAGCCUAAUCAAGCUGUACAUGGAUUCAUUGCUGCUGAUUUAAAGUAAGCCUUGUCAUCUCACAUAAUGGAGAGGCAGCUGUACAGUAAACCUGGGAGUGUUGCUGUGUGGUUUUAUCAGGAGGACAAGAAGCAAAAUCUGGAGAAAGCAUCUCCCAAAAAUCCCUUCAAAUAAUAAGGCAUGGUGUAUCCUGAUGAGCUUUUAAAUCUUUAAUAAGGCUUGAGUACCGCGGUUAAAUAACCCAUAGUUAAACACAAUCUGAAGGUUGAACGGACCCCUGUUGUGCAGUGCAGCUGUCUUGUUCAACAGAAUAAUGUUGUCUAGGGAGUGCGCUCACUUAUUUCUCCUGCAGUAGGCAGGCGUUUGCACUCCGAGGCCUUGCGCUUUAAGAACAUGGUUUUAUUGAGAACAUAAGAGGGCUUGAGUUCCUGAUACCAACUGAUUGAACAGGAACACAAAUGCUGUGCUUAUGCCUAAAAUAGGUGCUGGUUUGCUAAUCAUAGUAGUAGUAGUAGUAGUAGUAUUGUUACAAAUAUUAUUUAUUUGGUUUUUAAUACUUGACUGUUUUGUAUUAUUUGCUUGACGAAAAUGAAGGUAGAGAGGUGGAGUUGAACACAGGGGGUAUGUGUGCCUGGCCUAGGCAGUGUUUGUGGGAACGCUGUGCCUGGCCCGGGAAGUGUCGCUUCUCUCUCGGCUCUUGUGCUUGAAUGCAGUCCUUUCUUUUCCUCACUUAUCUGUGUUAUACAGCAGGCACCGCCUCUGUUGUGUACCAGUGUGUAGUUAGACACCUCCUCACUCGGUAUGAUCUGUCUUCGCUGUAGUUUGUUCGUUAGAUCCCUGGUCUGUAUACUUUGCUUUUUAAAAAAAGAAAAAAAUAUAUAGACAAAUAUUGAAUUAUUAUUAUUAUUAUUAUUUUAUUAUUAUUAUUAUUAUUACAUAUUAAAUAGCUCUAUCUAAACUGGUCACUAUUACUACUUGUCACUGACUGAAUGUUCAGCUGUGUACUAUCAGGGGUGUCUGUCCAUUUUACAUUUUGAACAUGCUGUCUAGUCUUUAGCGAAGUUUCUGUGAAUAAUGUACUAUUAUCUGCUGUACAAAAAAAAACACCUAAGUGUAUCACACGAAAUAAAGUUAAGAGAUUUCACCAAA